GACCAUUUGACCAUAUCUUGGCUGUCGCUGAUGUUGCUGAAUCACAGUGAGACUGCAUCUUUUGCCGAACUCUUGCAUUCUCAUGACGUGGCAGUGACUCAUGUGGCAAUCUGCGCUCUUUUGGCUCAAAGUGCUCACGUGGCUCAAGGACAUUUCGGUUUCUGCUUAGAACAAGUCUGCAGCAGUGCCAGUGCAACCAUGGCUGACCCACGCAUCGCGCAUGUGCAAGGUCCAAGUGACGAAGCUGAGUUGCUCUUGGAGGAGGUUCCGAACACUCUCAAUGCAUCCAAGCCAAGGCAUUGGUACUUUCUUGGUGCCGGCCUCGCCUUGCUUGUGGUGCUUGGAAUGGCUGCCAAGGUUGUGUAUCGCUCACCCGAGACCUUGGUGCAAGCCAAGAACUUCGACAUCAACACUGUCCAGGAAUGGGAGCAGAUCCCUGGAAUCGACCAGGUGGUGGAGCACGCCAAGACCUUGGAAUUGAAGCAGCCCUUGCGCAAUCUCAACGACCUCUUCUACGAGUCUCAGCCGGAAGAGCUGCCCUGGAUCCGCACCGAGUGUGUCAUUGAUGUGGUUCAGGGCGCUGCUUACCUUGGCCAGGCUGUGGUCUUCCUUUACAAGGCCAUCAAAUAUGAUGGAAUUCGAUGCCCAGACAAUUCCCCAGCUGGUUGUGCUGCGAGUAUUGCUGGUUUCAUCACCUCAGUGACUUGGAUUGCCUCCUACCUGUCCUUCGCAGCAAAUGCAUGCGGUGAGGAUUGCGACUUCGGUAAGGACUGGCUUGCUCUCCUCAAGAUCACUGGCACUGCUGAUGCAGGACCCGGAUGGAAGACUUUUGUCCCUGCUGGUGCUUUGCCCACAGUGGAGACUGUUCAGAAGGUCGACGCUCUUCGAACCGCUGACCGAAACCGUGCCUUCGACCUUACCCAGUGCGUUGUGGCAGAUGUCACCAAUGCAGCGGCCUAUAUUGUGCGGGCGAUUUUGCAAAUUCGCUCCGCAGCUUCGGCCUGCCCGGAGCCAAAGGCGUGCGCUAUCAAUAUUAUGAAUAUCAUCUCGUCCUUUGCUUGGAUCUCGCAGUUCACGUCAUUGGCAGUCUCCGACUGCUGGGACAAGGGAAGCCAAAAAGCAUUGUGUGCUGCCGACAUCUCUGACAUGGUUGCAGCUGUGACAAAUGGUCCCGCUGCCGGCAUUGCAACCACUUCUGAUUGUGCAGACAUGCCAGAUCCACUGGAGGAGGAGAAGGAGCUUGAAUCACGACAGCUGUUCCUUGAUGCCUGGGUUGCAGAAACCUUCGACACUCAGACCUUUGAUGCGAGCAAUGUCAGCACAUUU